UGACUUGGACUUUCUCUCCCACUCUCUCACGCAACACUCUCCCUCACUUUCUCUUUUCUUCUGCAACAAAACAAUAAUAAUACCACACACUCACUCACAUACAAAACUUCCCUUCAACACCAUCCUAGCUAGCUCCUCACUCUUCAACACCAUGGGCGUAAUGCGCCGCCGCAGACAUCACCAUCACUUCCGUUGGUUACAAACCUUCACCACCUUCUCUCUUCUCUUCUUCUCUUCCACUUCAGCCAUUACCAAUCUCGCCCCACAUCCCAGUGGUGGGGCAGUGAAGCAGCUUAACCAGGAAGAGAAGCAAAAUGGGUCGCCGGUGGAUAGGGUGGUGGCGGAGGAGAAGAGGUUCGGCGGGCCAGGGUCGUCGCCGCCGUCGUGCAGAUCCAAGUGCGGUUGGUGCAGUCCUUGCUUUCCGGUUCACGUUCCGGUCCAACCGGGUUUGAUCAUUCGCCUCGAGUACUACCCCGAAGCGUGGCGUUGCAAGUGCGGGAACAAGCUUUUCAUGCCGUGACAUUAAUUAAUAAUAAUAGUAGUAUAUAUAAAAAUCCUAGUACAAAAAGAAGAACACAAACGUUGUUGUUGCCAGAACCGAACAGGUGAACAUUGCUGGUACUAGCAGCAGCCAGCCAUCUUAAAUUUUCCCCUUUUGGGCUUUUUUUUUUUUUUUUAAUCUCAGUAUUAGUGCCUUUCAUGCACUGAUUAAUGUUGCUGAGGUUGGGAUGUUUAUGAGUACUAUGUUUAUAGUAAUAUUGAUGUUUAUAGUUAUUGAUUUUUGGGUUAACCUUUUGAGGGAUGGUCAGACAGCAAAGGAGUGUUGGGAAUGUAAGAUAUAUGUUCGGGUGUGAUUACCGAGAGGAAUAUAUCUUAAACCUUUCUCUGCUUUUAACACACACUACACUACUACUUCUCUCUAUAUUUGUAUAUGAUUUCAUUUCAUUCCCUUUUUGGUUUAUGUUAAUUUGUGGCACCUUACAUUACCCUA